UAGUGCAUCCUCAAGGUAGAGAAGCUUCUGGAGCCUUUAAUGGGCUUGAGCAAUCACAUCAACUGUGGAGUCUGCCUGGGUCUGCAGGACCUCAACCCAACCCUACAGAUGAACAAGAGAUAUCCAUAACAAGUUUGUGAAAACCUUGGUUCUGACUUGAUGAUUGACAGGACACUGCCCCUCCUCCCUCCAACCUCCUACCAGUAGGGACACGAGUUGAUAUAUGAGCUCUGGUCAUGUUGCGUCAAACCUCAGUGGAAAGGUAUUCACCUUUGGCGCAGAGACGGCAGACAGUUACGUCAAGCUGCAGCCCAUCUUGAGUGGCAACAUACUCGUCGCUAGCGUGUGUCUCAAAUACUUCUCCGACAUCCCCUCAAAAAUCAGAGAGCAAACCUUCUUCUCCCUGGCAACCCAUUCCCAUAGCAACGGCUUCCUGCUCUGCAAGGAGGGGCUCAAACAGCACCAGGUGUACAUCGGCAGUACCAUGGCGGACUUCUGGGGCCUGCCGGACGAGCUGAACACCUGGAACUCCUUCUGCGCCACGUGGGAGUCCGAGACGGGCUUGACCUAAGUCUGGCUGAACAGGAAACCCAGCUCCAGGAAGACCCUCUUCAAGGGCGGCUCUCUGACAGGACCGCCGGUCAUUGUGCUGGGUCAGGACCAGGAGGCAUAUGGCGGUCGGUUCAGCUCCAACGACGCGCUGAUCGGCCAGCUUACGGACGUGCACAUGUGGGACCGGGUCAUCUCCCCGUGCGAGGUCCAGCAAUUCAUGGAGAACAAGCUUGUCAAUGGGGGGAAUAUGAUCAACUGGGAAGCACUGGAUUACAGCACAUAUGGAGAUGUGAUCGAGGAAAAGCAGAUGGAUGGCGCUGGCCAGCAGGACUGUGCCCUUGCUGAAUAAAAUGAUCACUUGAGCAACAGUACAGUGUGUCACCAAAAAACACCAGGUCAGCUGUUUGUUGUUAGCGGUACUGUUAUCAGAGUUUGCAAGUGUUUGCAAUUUUUUUUUUGGUAGCCCAAGCCUUCUUGGUGCUGCAUUAAUUAACCAUCAGAGAGGUUAGCCUAACUAUUGAGAACAUCAUCAGUUAAUUAGUAUUAUCAUGUGUAAGCUAUGUAUCCAGCGGAAGUGAUGAUAACAUCGUCUUUGACUGGGUUUUGAUUCUAAUAACUACACUGCAAGAAUUAGGAAACUCACAUUUAAAAACAUAACAUAUUUGCAGCUGAAAGAUUGUAUAUACUGACCACCACCUAUCCACCCCUCCUGUGAAAAUAGUGCAAUGGCAAUGUGUGGUUCAUCAUCUAUUCAGAGCUUCUUUUCGAAAUGGGAUUUAUUUUCUAUGUAUGGUUUAUAUGUUUUCUCUACAUUUGAUUUAGCCUACAGCCUUGUACCCAAUGCUAAAUUAAUGCAUUUGACUUUUCUGUCAGUAAAAGUAGCCUACUUC